AUGGGCGAGGCCAACGUCUUCAACACGUUCUCCUUCAACAAAUGGGCCGAGCAGAAGAAAGAGGAGGAGAUUGACAAGGAGACCAAGAGAAGGAGACAUGAACAGAUCAAGCGUCUGAAGGAGAAGCUUCGAAAAGAACGAGCGCUGCGCGAGGCCGGGAUGGGUGACGGGGAUUUUGACUUGGAGCUGCUGAUCCAGGCAAUUCAGAAUGGGCAGUAUGAAGAUGUUGAAGAGACUCAUAUCACGACGGAGGAGAAAUCUACCGAAGAGAGACCGAUGACUGCAGCCGCAUUCCGUGGCGAUCCGACGAGUGACGACUACAUUUUAUCAGAGGUCCUACGAUACACUCACGAUCAUCCGGACGGCGGAAAUUAUCGAAAACCCGACCGUCCAUUAACUGCUAAUCGAGAUACAGAAAUCGACAAAUUCAACUACAACCGUCGGCUGGCCGAGCUGUUGGAUAAGGACAAGGUA